CACCCUUCCAUGCUAGCCAUAACCGCCCUUUUUCAUUUCAUAUCUAUCCCCAGUGCCCCAUUUCAGAUUUGGCGAGACCAGCCAUGGCGAUGGCGAUGACGAACACAGCAUUGGCUUUCUUCCUCCUCGUCGCCGCCGCAUCCCUCCUCUCGCUGCCGCCGCCGUCGCUCGCCGUCACGUCGCCGUACGUGCGCCCCAAGCCGAGGGCCACGCUGUCUCUGCUCAAGGACGACGACGACGGCCGGAAGCCGGAGCAGGUGCACAUAUCAGCAGUAGGCUCUGACAAGAUGAGAGUGACAUGGAUCACCGGCGGCGACGCGCCGGCCACCGUGGAGUACGGCACGACCUCCGGCCAGUACCCGUUCUCGGCGACCGGAAGCACCAACACCUACUCCUACGUCCUCUACCACUCCGGCAACAUCCACGACGUCGUCAUCGGCCCACUGCAACCCAGCACCACCUACUUCUACCGCUGCAGCAACGACACCUCCCGCGAGCUCUCCUUCCGUACGCCGCCGGCGAGCCUCCCCUUCAAGUUCGUCGUCGCCGGUGAUCUUGGGCAGACGGGAUGGACGGAGUCGACGCUCCGGCACAUCGGCGGCGACGACUACGACAUGCUGCUGCUCCCCGGCGACCUGUCGUACGCCGACCUGUACCAGCCGAGGUGGGACACGUACGGCCGCCUCGUGGAGCCGCUGGCGAGCGCGCGGCCAUGGAUGGUGACGCAGGGGAACCACGAGGUGGAGAGGAUCCCCCUCGUGGAGCCCCACGCGUUCAAGGCGUACAACGCGCGGUGGCGCAUGCCGUUCGAUGCCGGCGCGUCGCCGUCGGGGUCCAACCUCUACUACUCCUUCGACGUCGCCGGCGGCGCCGUGCACGUCAUCAUGCUGGGCUCCUACGCCGACUACGCCGCCGGCUCGGCGCAGCACCGGUGGCUGCGCCGCGACCUCGCCGCCGUCGACCGCGCCAGGGCGGCGUUCGUGGUGGCGCUGGUGCACGCGCCGUGGUACAACAGCAACGAAGCGCACCGGGGCGAGGGCGACGCCAUGCGCGCCGCCAUGGAGGAGCUCCUCCGCGGCGCGCGCGUGGACGCGGUGUUCGCCGGGCACGUCCACGCGUACGAGAGGUUCGCGCGGGUGUACGGCGGGAAGGAGGACCCGUGCGGCGCGGUGCACGUGACGAUCGGCGACGGAGGGAACCGGGAGGGGCUCGCCGGGAGCUACGUCGACCCGCAGCCGGCGGCGUCGGCGUUCCGGGAGGCGAGCUUCGGGCACGGGAGGCUGGAGGUGGUGAACGCGACGCACGCGCUGUGGACGUGGCACCGGAACGACGACGACGAGGCGGUGGUCGCCGACCAGGCCUGGAUCACCAGCCUCGCCUCCAACCCGGCUUGCAACAAGUGACCCCAUCAAUCCAUCAGAAAUUCAGAAUGUAGCAGAAACAGAUUUAUGAAUUAUAUAAUUAUAUAAGUUAAUUUAUUGCAUUGAUAUCGAUAAUUAGAAAUUUAGCAUUAGUACUUCUACAGUUCUAUGUAUGUUAGAAGAUACUCUAUCUGUCACAUAACUUAGAACGAGAUGUGAGCCUCUCAUACUGAUUUGUUUUUCUUAUGAUAGAAACCCAAA